CUUAUAUUACAUAAUAUCAGAGCCAUUAAACCUUCAGGGAGUACUGAAAAUAAUCUAACUAUUAACCCGAAAGAGUCUCAAAAACUAAUAUAUCAUGUUAAAUUUUCUGCAUCACAACCACAGUGUAAAUUAACUGAAUGCAAGAUUAGCUGCACCGGAGGAGCAGUAGAACAACUAGCUUCAACUAUUAAUGCUCUUUUUGAUAAGGUACUCCUUAUGUAUAUAGUUGCCUAUUAAACUUUCUAACCUGUCUUUUUUCAGGAUGACAGAAAAUGCUUAAGUAGCAUAUACGCCUUAAUAUUAACAAAUAUAGUAUUUACUAAUAAAACCAUUCAGUCUGGUUGGCUUAAGGCUGUCAAAAUAACCAUAAAAAGUAUCAAGAUAGCUUCAACAACUAUUGAAUCAUUUGGAAGUUCUAUAUUUGUAGAAGCACCGUUUGAUUCAAGUACCUCUUUAUCCGUUCAAUUUAGCAAUAUAGAUUUAAACAUUCUUAAUACCCAAAUGUUUAUGGGGAGUUCAAUAGGGUCUUUUGAAGUUGAUUUUGAUUCUAUGUAUGACGGGAUCGUUUUGGAGGAAAAUCUUUUUGGAUACAAGCCAUCAGCAGUAUAUUCGAUUACCUUAAAAAAUUGUUUAGUGGAUACAGCAGUUUUAAAAAAUCUUACAGGCAAGGGAGUAUUACUUUCAGGACUUACAAGGCUUGAUUUAAGUUAUAAUUUAUUACUAACUCUGGACAGCGGCAUAUUUUCUAAAACUCCAAAAUUACAACAAUUAUAUCUUAUCUCCAGUGGAAUAAAUACAAUUGAGCUUGGUACUUUUGAUGGUUUAAGCGACCUGAUAAUGUUAUAUCUUACCAAUAAUAAUUUAAAAACCUUACCCAAUGGAUUAUUUAAUGACUUAACUGCUAUUCUCUCAUUUUUUAUUGAUGGAAAUCCAUGGAAUUGCGAGUGUAAUAUGCAAUGGUUUAAGGAUUUUCUAGGCAAACUACCACCACUUGACUAUAAAAGGUGUAGAGAUGGGUCAGGAUGGGUUAAUAUGGAUGAUGUAGAGUUCUGCCCAGACAAUUCAACUUCUAUUAUAGCUACUUCUUCUACAGGAAAAAGCACAAGUACAGAAGCUAUUCAAACUAGUACAAUUCAUGUUCCUACCAAUGAUUUUAUAUUUGAGAAAAUAAUAUGUCGAAAUCUUUUAAUGUACAACGAUGAAAUCAAUCACUCAACCCUCUGGCUUGAAUCCACAUUUAAACGACGUAAUAUUAAAUAUUUAUUCUCAGAGAUUACCAACCCUUCUAUCUUUAUUCUAAACCUGGAUGCAAAACUAACAUCCAAUGACUUUUUUAUAUGGACUAAUGUACAAAAUAGAUCUGACUAUGGUUGCGUAUUUAACAUCAGCUCAAUAAUUACCAUGAAUUUACGAUAUGAUGAAACGUAUACUUUAUGUUUUUUGAGUAAUGAUACUACUGAUCCUUAUGCUUUGAUAGCCGAAGAUUGCACUGCGGUAAAAACGCCACCAGAUUGGUCCCACAGGCCUUGGUUAUUAAACAGCCAAAAAAUUAUUGUAAUUGUAAUUGCACUAUUGACAACUUUAGCCAGCAUUGUAAUAUCAUCAGUCAUAGUUUAUUUUUUAAUAAAAUAUAAUCCGGAAUUGCUUAAAGGAAAUAAAAGGGUGUUAAUUGUAAAGCGUGGCAGCUAUUCGCCAAACGUGCUUGUUAUGCCAAAUGAGAAAAAGCAAAGACAUAUAUCUUUGUGUACUGAUAACGAAGGAUAUUUAGCACCAAAGUUAAAACCACAUUGGAAGACGCCAGAUAAGAAAUAUAUGGAUUUUGACAAUUUUUCAGAUGGCAGUGUUUUUUUGGAUAAUGAAGAUAAAGGAUUGGAAAGGGAAAUUUAUGAACCACCACCUGUGCCACCGAACCAUCCAAUGAAAAGAAGAGAUAGUGUAAAGCCUUAUUUUUAUAGUUUAGCAACCUGUCAGGCGCGUCUCCAGGUGGCGGAUAGGAGAACGGCCGGAAAACCAGAAAUGGUUUCGGUUAACGGUGACUAUAAGGGAAGCCAACGGGCCUACACCCGUCCGGGCCAACUGAAGGUCAUCGUCGCGGACCAGCUAUAUACCGUAAACCGUCCAUUCGGCGCAACGACCCCCAUGAUCCUGAAAGGGAGCGUGGGGUACGUGCUGAUGAACGGCUCGGGGAUCUGGGGUAUGGCGCGCGCCAAGGGAUGCAAGACUGGGGAAACUCCGCCGGAGUCAAAAAGACCCAGGAAGAAGCCCAGGGGCCCAAGACGGGAACCAGGGCUGUUUUAUCGGGAUGCUGCGGCGGGGGUUCUAAGAAUGGCUAUAACAGCUAAAAAAUACCCCGAGGCAUUCGUCUCGGAGGAGCAGGCAAAUACCCUAAAGGGCUGGCUGCUCAACAAAACGCUUGCUCUGCAGAGCGGAUCGCAAAUUGCGCCCAAGUUUGCAGGGUCAACUAAAAAUUGGCUCGUCGAACUGGUGCAAAAGGAAACUCCCUGGGAAGGAGCUAAACUCCAGAUAAAGGAGGACGGCAAACUUCCCAGACCGGUGAAGGCAAUAACCUGGCUGCCGGGACCUACUGAGGAACCGAAAGCACUUCUACACAAGCUGGAUGAUCAAAACAACAUCAACACCAGCUUGUGGAAAGUGCUCGAUAUGAGGAAGGACCAGGACGACAAGGGUUGCCUGGUAACGCUCCUCAUAGACGAGAAAUCCUGGGCCAAAGUAAGGGAAGCGAAUCAAUCGCUAUACCUCAACUUUGGCAGCAUAAAUAUCAGACUCUCGGCCAGCAUCCAAGAGAAAGAGAAGAGGGACCAGGCAACCCCUAUGGAAACAGGGGGGAUUGCCGGGAAUCUCUUCUUCCUAAAAUCGCUCUCCGCAAUGGGUGCAAGGCUGAUACAAAUAAACCUCCACCACUGCAAAGCAGCCACUGCGGCCUUACAAAAAUGCAUAGCCGACAAUAAUAUUCAGAUAGCCCUGAUUCAGGAACCUUAUACUUAUAGGGGCCAGAUAAGGGGACUAGGAAACCUCCGGUCUAAAUAUACUUAA